AUGCCACACAUUUAUAACUCCAUUUUCAUUUCCCCUUUUCUUCCCCAUCCUUUAAACCACUCACCCACUAUUUUUUUUCUCAUUUCCAUUUCUUUCUCUCUCUUUGGGGUCCUACAUCUUCUGCUUUUAUCUGUACUGUUUCCUUUUUCUUUCUAUCUCUUUUUACUAUUUCAUGUUCUUUUUCUGUACUGUUUCCCUUUCCUUUCUCCCACUUUUGAUUCUUUUACGUUCCUUUAUCUGUACUGUUUUCCUUUUCUCUCUCUCUUUCUCUUUUCUUUCUUUUUCUUUUACUCUUUCACCUUUAUGUAUCUGUUUCCCUUCUCUUUCCCUUUUGAGUCUUUCAUAUUUUUUAUCUGUACUGUUUCUCUUUCCUUUCUCUCUCUUUUCACUCAUUCAUCUACUUACUUUCCACUUCUAUUUACUUUUAAACAAAUUCUCCAUGUCUAUCAUCACUUUACCUUCCACUUCUUUCUCCCUCUCAAUCUUUCUCAGCCUUACAUACACUUGUUCACUCUCUUCUUAAUUUUUUCUUUUGCUUGCUUUUCUUCUUUGUUAACAAUUUUUCUUUUUACUACCUUCUCAUUUGCUUCUUUGCUUUCCCUCUUUGUUUUAUGCUUGACUACCUUUCAUCAUCUCUUAAUUCAAUGCCCUUCUAAUUUCUUUUCUCUACCACACUCUCUUCUGUACUCCACCCUCUAUCAGUCCUUCUCUUUUUUCUAA